ACAACAGCAACGGCUUCAGACCGGCAAGGUUACUAGUGUCAUCUAGCGUCGAGCAGAAAAAUGAUCAGCAUAAUGUCGGCCCAAUUGGUGUUGGUGGCGCUAGUUUCGCUGCAAUGCGGCCUCAAUGCGAGCGCUAUUGAUAGCACGAAAUUGGACAACAGCCUAUCCAGUGCGCCUUCCGUUCCCAAGCGUAGGGUUCUGAAGAACUUCGCGCAUAUAUCGCAGGCGCCUCCCGACACCGUGCAUCAUACCACUGGCUCGCAAUUAGAGCUGGAAUGUCUGAUCAUAGGGAAACCAGCGCCGAUCGUCGAAUGGCUGAAGAACGGGGAACCGAUAGAGGAAUACGAAGAGGCAACUAACGAAGUCAUCCUGACCGACCCGGAGAGCUUCGCCAAGAUCGUCAGCAAGCUGGUCGUGGUCGCUCCCACUGAUGGCGACCGGUAUACCUGCGCGGCCAGCGCGGGGCUCAAGCGAGACAGCGCCACCACCACUGUGUACACUGACGGUGACGAGGAGGACUUAUUAAGCUUGGAGAAGCUUCUCUUCAAGCCCAUCAAGCCCACAAUCACUCUGCACUACAGCGCGGUCUUCCAGAACAUCGGGACCGACCUGCUGCUUCCCUGCAGGGUGUUCAGCUACGCCAAGACCCAGGUGUACUGGCAAUAUGGCGACAACAACCUGGUCUACGAGACCUUUGGCAGGAUAAGAGUGCUGCCGUCCGGGGACCUGUACAUCAGCGGCCUCAAGUGGUCCGACAUGGGCAACUACACGUGCGUGGCUAAAAACAUUUACGGCAAGGACACCGGUUCCACCUUCAUUUACCCGGUCAAGCCAAGCAAGUAGAAAAGGAAAAUAAAUAUGUACGACCACGCCAAUGCCCGCCGAAAGUUUCAAAAGAAAUCGAUGUUCCUACUUUUUAAGUAUAAUAUUAUUAAUUACUGUUAAAUUAUUGUGAGUCACUAAGUUUAUUUUAAUUUAUUAGUUUGAAAAUACAUUUGUACUUAUGUCCGAGAUUAGACGAAAUUAAUUUUUAGUUUAUACGUUGUUUUUAUUUAAACUUAUUGUUAAAUAAUUAAUUACGUACAUAAAAUUUAGACGAAUGUUGAUUAUAAUGAUCUUCUGUGAUUAAAAUAAAUGUUUUAUAACGC